GUUGUUAGUUUAAGAAUGUUAUGAUUUAUUAAAAAAGAAGGAACUUAUCUCUUUUGCUGCUUUUGUCUUGAAUCGUCCAAUUCUGCUUAUCAACAAUUGAAUGAGCUAUCUUUAAAGAUUUUGCUUUAAAAAGCUCUGUUUCUAAGAGUUUUGGUCUGAAAUUUGCAUUAACCUCUGUAGCAUCUUGGCUAGCUUUUGUCAGGGUAUUUAUGUACACCCAAACUUACUCGCCACCUUUUGCUUGUCUGUGUAACUUUUACUUAGGUAUUUAAUGUACACCCAAACUUGCUCACAGUUUUUUGCUUGUGUAACUUCUGCUUGGGUAUUUAAUGUACACCCAAACUUGCUCACAGCUUUUUGCUUGUGUAACUUCUGCUUGGGUAUUUAAUGUACACCCAAACUUGCUCACAGCUUUUUGCUUGUGUAACUUUUGCUUGGGUAUUUAAUAUACACCCAAACUUGCUCACAGCUUUUGCUUGCGUAAUUUUUGCUUGGAUAUUUAUGUACAUCCAAACUUGUUCGCAGCUUUUGCUUAGGUAUUUAUGUACACCCAAACUUGCUCAUAGCUUUGGCUUGGAUAUUUAUGUACAUCCAAACUUGCUCGCAGCUUUUUUCUUGUCUGUGUAACUUCUGCUUGGGUAUUUUAUGUACACCCAAACUUGCUCACAGCUUCUUCUUGCUUGCGUAACUUUUGCUUGGAUAUUUAUGUACAUCC